UGAGGAGGUAGACUAUGAAGUCAACAGAAGAAAAUUUUAUUUUGAUUUACUGAGGCACUAACCUUCUUUCCCACCUAUAGCCAUUUCCUCUACCUGUCCUAAUACAACCUGUGUUGUUCAGCAUGCUAACCGUCCUCAUCCGCCCUCAGCUCAGUGCCGACCUGCAGGUUUUCUGGGCGCUGAUUGGAGGACUGCUGGAUCACGGGGUGUUUGCAAGAUGGCGGCGUUCUUGGUAAUGGGUUGAGGACGAGCACUGUGGUUGAAAUGCUACUUGAAUGACCCGUUUUGUUUCGGUGCAGUCUUGGAUUAUAAUGAUGAUCGGUUGAUGAAGAAGAGCGUUCUCGUCUUCCAGGCAAAUCGAGGAGCUCAUUCGGAUCAGGACAUAAUUUUAAUGUGUUUUGGUAAUCAAUGUUUUAAGCGAUGUAAAAGAGAUCGAAUGUGAUUGUAAAAUCUAUCUCGCUCUAAAUACGUUGGUGGAUGCUGAUGGCAUUUUUACGGAUGUAUUUAAAAUUAAUUGGACCUUCUAAUGGGUGUCAGUAAAUUGGACGUCCUCUAUAGACGGUUCCUUCUUACGAAGUUUUUCAUCCAAGGAUGGGGAAAACCAGACGAUCUCAGAAGAUUGUUUGAAUUUAGGAAAACAAUAGGAAACAGAGAAAAAUGUCAACAAUUAGUACCAAAAGACUAUCCCAUAUUCAUCGACAAGGUAGAGGAGCAGGCAGACUGUCAGAUCAUGGAUGGGCAUUUUGUAUCUCCACUGGAUCAUUAUUUGCCAGGGAUUAUGCCAGCUGAAUCUGUCAAUGCAAGGUUUCAGUUUAUAAUUCCCAAAGAAUGGAAGAGCAAAUAUCGACCUGUAUGCAUUCAUCUGGCAGGCACUGGAGACCAUUUUUACUGGCGAAGACGCACUUUGAUGGCUCGUCCAAUGAUAAAGGAAGCGUGUAUUGGAUCACUUCUUUUGGAAAACCCAUACUAUGGCUACAGGAAACCUAAAGAUCAAGUGAGAUCAAGUUUAAGGAACGUUUCUGAUCUUUUUGUGAUGGGAGGAGCUCUGGUUCUGGAGUCUGCAGCUCUUCUUCAUUGGUUGGAGAGAGGGGGCUAUGGACCUUUAGGAAUGACUGGGAUAUCUAUGGGAGGACAUAUGGCGUCAUUAGCUGUGACUAACUGGCCCAAGCCCAUACCACUAGUACCCUGUCUAUCUUGGUCGACAGCUUCAGGAGUCUUUACUACAGGUGUGCUGAGCAAAGCAGUGAACUGGAGAGAACUGGAGAAACAAUAUGCCACUGAAACAGUUUAUGAGGAAGAAAUUAUUAGCUUACUAGAAUACUGUGGAAUGGAUUCCUUCAAAAUGGGUCAAGAUUUUGUAAAGAACUCCCCAUCCAGUUUGGACAACUGGCAACACUUUGACUUUGCCACAAACAUGCAAGAAUUAAAUGUCAAGAGAGGAGUCUUGAAAACUGCGACAGUUACUCAGUUUAGUCCAGACAGUACUGCCUUUAAUGCUUCUGCUCAACAGUUUUGGCUUCAUGAUACCCCACACAGUGGCUGUCAGAGUCACAGAAGCCCUUCAACAAACACUAGCAAGCUUUUAUCCUCUGUAAAACAUGAACCUUCAAAGAGAGAAAAGAGGAAGACCUCCUUAGAACGAGAAUCCAUUCUUUUCAUGAAAGGAGUCAUGGAUGAAUGUACACAUAUGGGAAAUUUCUCAGUGCCUGUAGACCCUAGUCUAAUCAUAGUGGUACAAGCAAAAGAAGAUGCUUACAUUCCUCGAGCUGGAGUACGGAGCCUUAAUGAAAUCUGGCCUGGAUGUGAAAUCAGAUACUUGGAAGGGGGUCACAUUAGUGCCUACCUCUUCAAACAAGGCCUCUUCAGACGAGCCAUUUAUGAUGCAUUUGAACGAUUCCUUCAGAAGUACUCCAUCUAGCACAAGUUUUAAUCAACCUCUGGUUUUCAUUUGUGGCUGAUGUCACUACACAGAGUCCUAAUCACUGAUACAGGGAAUAUCAUUUAUCAAGAAACUUCACACUGAAGACGGGGAGCAUAAUCAUCUUCUAUUAGUUGGAAGUUACUUAGUGAAAGUGAAACAAAAGAACUGUAUACAACCUAAUGCCAUUAUUAUUGGUAUCGCAUUUCAAAAUUUGUUGAAACUCAGUAACUCUAUUCAUCAUUGGUGCAACCCUGUCACUUGAUGAGUUUUUACAUCUUACCAGUAAGUUUUAUUAGAUCUAUUGAAGAGUGCUAGGCUUUAUUUUUUGACAAAUAUCAACUUCAGGGAACACAUGUACAAGAAAAUACAAAUGUAGAAACAAUAUGUACUUCCAAACUGACUUGAUCAAAAGUAUUAGUAAUGCGUGUAAUACCAUAUAAAAGGGAAGAAUAUGGUGCUACUUUGAGUUAUAUUGUGCCUACAGAAACUACAAAACUUGGAAGUCACAAUCCACUUCUAGCAAAAUAACAUUUCUUUAUUUAAUGAAGAAAUUGCAAAUAUCUAACAUAAACUGAAAAAGUAAUUACACUGCAAUGUUUUCCUGAAUAUACACUGGAAUUAAGAUGUCACAGUAAUCUAGUAAUGAUAAUUGACUAACCAUAGGAUUCAGUGUUUGAAAAUUGAUUUUUGGUUUAAAUUUUAGUGUAUAUUGGAGAACUUGUAACUAAAAAUUAUUAAAGCAGCUCAAUGUCAUAUGUGAACUUUAUAAUUAAAUUUAAAUGCAGUAUUUAUGAUUUUCAUUAAUAAAAUUCAUUAAAGAUUGUCUGCUUCCUUUGUUUCAGGCAAUGAAAGUGAGGAAUAUUUUAACACAUUGCCAUAGAAGUUCAUAGAAAUCAAAGUAUAUAGGGAAUAUUCAUUGAACAAAACUGGAGAGGUACUUUCAGGAUGUCCAUUGCAAGGGGAAAAAAAAAUCAUUGCUUUUCAUUAUGUCUUUUUCCUGUAUGUAUAUGUGUGUGUGUGUGUGUGUGUGUGUAUCUGUUUGUGUGUGUGUAUAUCUCGCAUAGAAACUUUAAAUUUCAUUACAUCCAGGAGAUUAUGUGAUCCCCUACUUACUUUUAAGACAAUUUAUGCAAAGUAGCAGAAAUAUUCUUCAGAAUUCUGAUAUUAAUACUUAUGGUAUUUUAGAAUUAACUUUAUUACUGUAUCAUUUCUGACCUUUAAUAGAAUUAUAAAGCUUCAGCA